AUGCCGUUCCACCCGGUGACGGCGGCUUUGAUGUACCGGGGGAUCUACACCCUCCCCGAGACCGCCCCCGAGCAGCGCCCGGCGGAGAUCCCCGAGGACGAGCUGGAGGAGAUCCGCGAAGCCUUCAAGGUGUUCGACCGGGAUGGCAACGGCUUCAUCUCCAAGCAGGAGCUGGGCACGGCCAUGCGCUCCCUGGGCUACAUGCCCAACGAGGUGGAGCUGGAAGUCAUCAUCCAGCGCCUCGACAUGGACGGCGACGGGCAGGUGGACUUCGAGGAGUUUGUGACGUUACUGGGGCCCAAGCUGUCCACCUCGGGCAUCCCGGAGAAGUUCCACGGCACGGACUUCGACACCGUCUUCUGGAAGUGCGACAUGCAGAAGCUGACGGUGGACGAGCUGAAGCGGCUGCUGUACGACACCUUCUGCGAGCACCUCUCCAUGAAGGACAUCGAGAACAUCAUCAUGACGGAGGAGGAGAGCCACAUGGGCACGGCCGAGGAGUGCCCCGUCGACGUGGAGACCUGCUCCAGCCAACAGAUCCGGCAGACCUGCGUGCGGAAGAGCCUCAUCUGCGCCUUCGCCAUCGCCUUCAUCAUCAGCGUGAUGCUCAUCGCCGCCAACCAGGUGCUGCGCAGCGGCAUGAAGUAG